AUGCUGACAGAAGAAGAUUUACGUAAUAAAAUAUCAACUACAAUCCCAGAUAUCUACAAUGUUAUAGUCACUGAUUUAUCAUAUGGUUGUGGACAAUCGUUUGAUGUUGUUGUGGUUAGUAAUAUAUUUCAAGGUAAGAAUAAGCUCCAAAGAAGUCGUCUUGUUAAUGGUGCGUUAAAGGAAGAAAUACAAACUAUACAUGCAUUCAGUUGUAAAUGUUAUACCGAAGACGAAUGGGCCAAGAUUGUCAUAUAA